AUGAUCCGCACUCUUCUUCUUGCCCUUCUCGUCGCCGCCGCUUCCGCCUUCGUUGCCCCUGCCAACCAUGCCGCUGUCGGGCCUUCCUUCGUCACCCGGGAAGCACCAAAGGUCAACAUGAUCGAAAACAUGGCCGACUUCUCCCAAGUUGCCUCUUCCACCAACAUGGUUGCUUCCACUGUUGGCGAUUUCGGCGGGUACUUCUUCCCUGUUGUCGGACUUGGAGCCCUUGCCGCCCUUAUCCUUUUCCUUGCCCCUCCUCUUGUUGACGAGUAA